UAGGCUCGCCCUUAAUUGCUCGUGUGUCUUGAGAAGGCUGCUAAAUUGUCACAGAGAGCUUCAGCUAAAUGCGAGGUGUUGGUGAGCCAAGCUAAUCCAGAGAGGUGGUACCGGGGAUGGAGGCUCUCGUUAGCCGUCCUGCUGCAUCAUCACAGGGCAGGAGGAUGGAGGGCCUCUCGCUAACGCGGUUAUCUCUGCACCGCGGCUGAUAACAGUAGAAUUUGAAGUUAUCUUCCCCUCCACAGAAAAGAAACACACACGACUGGUGACACUGAGCCGCAGAGCCCCCGGAUCUCCACCACACAAGAGAACCACCUGCUGUGCUCCGUUGUUUUGGUUUCAUUGUUUACAUCUCUUUCACCAGCGGGAAGCUCCUCUCUAAUAGCAAGAAGGACAUCUGCAGCAAGGACAGACCAUUACUUCAGUCCCACCUUUUUCCUGGAAGUGAAUUCAGCUCGUAUUCAGAAACUUAUUCAUGGUGAAACUCGUGAAAUUCAUGGAUAUUGCCCAAAAGGGCAGCUUCAGAAUGGUCCCUUGUAUUUAUAUUGAUUCUCUGUUCAUUGUGAGGAGAAGCUCCAUCCCCUAGUUAUCUUGAUGAAGGCCUCUUUGUGACAAAAGCUAAGGGCCACUUGGGGCCAGGAGGUGGAGACCAGAACCUCCUCUGACAUCUGCUCAGCCCUGUGAUUUCAACAGUUUCAUUUGAUCGCCCCGCUGACUUCAAGAUGGAGCUCUUCUUCAACCCUUUUGAUAACUUGGUGUGUAUCCUGCUGGGCAUCUCCUUCACCGUGUGGUUCACCCUGCUGCUGGUCUUCAUCAUCGUGCCUGCCAUCUUCGGGGUGUCCUUUGGCAUCCGCCGUCUUUACAUGAAAACGUUGUUAAAGCUCUUUGAGUGGGCCACACUUAGGAUAGAGAGAGGAGCGAAGGAAAAGAAUCACCUCCUGUAUAAACCCUACUCAAAUGCUAUCAUUGCCAAGGAGCCCACCUCUUUGGAGGAGGAAAUCAAGGAGAUCCGGCGAAGUGGCAGCAACAAAGAUCUGGACUCAGCCCCUGAGUUUGAGAUGUCUGACAUCUUCUAUUUUGCUCGACGAGGAGUGGAAAGCAUCAUGGAUGAUGAGGUGACAAAGCGGUUCUCUGCUGAGGAGUUGGAGUCCUGGAAUCUACUGACCCGCAGCAACAACAACUUCCACUAUAUCAGCCUGAGGCUAACGGUCCUAUGGGGGCUGGGCCUGCUGAUCCGCUAUGGUUUCCUGCUCCCUCUCAGGGUAACUCUUGCCUUCACUGGUGUAGGCCUCCUUGUGUUCCUCACCUCUGUGGUUGGGCUGCUGCCAAAUGGAAGGAUGAAAAAUUUUCUGAGUGAGAAAGUCCAUUUGAUGUGCUACAGAAUAUGCGUCCGAGCUCUAACUGCCAUUAUAACCUACCAUGACAGUGAGAAUAAACCCAAGAAUGGAGGCAUCUGUGUUGCUAACCACACUUCACCAAUCGAUGUCAUCAUCCUGGCCAGCGACGGCUGCUAUGCUAUGGUUGGCCAAAUUCACGGUGGCCUGAUGGGGGUCAUUCAGAGAUCCAUGGUCAAAGCAUGCCCACACGUUUGGUUUGAACGCUCAGAAGUAAAAGACAGACAUCUAGUGGCCAAAAGAUUAAGCGACCAUGUAGAGGAUAAAUCUAAACUGCCCAUUCUCAUCUUCCCAGAAGGUACCUGCAUUAACAACACAUCAGUUAUGAUGUUUAAGAAAGGCAGUUUUGAGAUUGGAGCCACAGUCUACCCUGUAGCCAUUAAGUAUGAUCCCCGAUUUGGAGACGCUUUUUGGAACAGCAGCAAGUUUGGAAUGGUCAACUACCUUCUACGUAUGAUGAGCAGCUGGGCCAUCGUCUGCAGUGUGUGGUACCUUCCUCCCAUGUCCAGAGAGGAGGGAGAGGACGCUGUGCAGUUCGCCAAUCGUGUAAAGGCCGCUAUAGCCAGGCAAGGUGGACUGGUUGACCUCCUGUGGGAUGGAGGAUUGAAGAGGGGAAAGGUAAAAGAUACCUUUAAAGAAGAGCAACAGAAACUGUACAGUAAAAUGCUGGUGGGCACCCAAGAGGACCGCAGCCGCUCCUGAAGGACCUUAAUGAAAUUGGAUUGGUUCACAGACCCUGCUGGGCUCCUCUGACUGAACAGGCAGCAGUGGUCUCUCUCUCUCUCUAUUGGAGCA